AUGAUAUCAAAAUCUAAACAUGGCAGAAAACCAGGUUCUAUUUGGGAUUAUUUUGAAUGGGGAGACUUAAUGAAUUCAAAGCACUUUCAGGCAAUAUGUAGUUAUUGCCAUGAUCCAAUAUUGGGAGUUCCUAAAAGAAUGCUUAAUCAUUUAAAAAAUACUUGUAGAAAAAUUAGAAAAGAAGUAUUAGACAUUCUAGAUAAUAUAAAACUUAAUAAAAAAAAACAUAAACAUGUUCGAGUUAAUACAUCUUCUUCAGAUGAAGAUAGCAAUAUUACUGAUCCAAAUCAAACUCCUAAUAAUCAAACUCCUAAUAAUCAAACUUUACCAUUGAAUAAUAAUCAACUAAUUUAUUAA